CCUUCCUGAUGAGACCGGAGAGGACCCCAGCCCAGAGCGGGAGCCGGUGGCCGACUCGGACGUCAGGAAGAGAGGUCCCGUGGCCUAUGCUUCUCAGAAACCAUGGCUGUUGAAUGCCACCGUGGAGGAGAACAUCACCUUUGAGAGUCCCUUCAACAAACAACGGUACAAAAUGGUCAUCGAAGCCUGCUCCCUGCAGCCGGACAUCGACAUCCUGCCCCAUGGAGACCAGACUCAGAUUGGGGAACGGGGCAUCAAUCUAUCUGGUGGUCAACGCCAGCGAAUCAGUGUGGCCCGAGCCCUGUACCAGCACACCAACGUUGUCUUCUUGGAUGACCCCUUCUCAGCUCUGGAUGUCCAUCUGAGUGACCACCUGAUGCAGGCCGGGAUCCUUGAGCUGCUCCAGGAUGACAAGAGGACAGUGGUCCUAGUGACCCACAAGCUCCAGUACCUGCCACAUGCAGAUUGGAUCAUCGCCAUGAAGGAUGGCACCAUCCAGAGGGAGGGUACGCUCAAGGAUUUCCAGAGGUCCGAGUGCCAGCUCUUUGAGCACUGGAAGACCCUCAUGAACCGGCAGGACCAAGAGCUGGAGAAGGAGACUGUCAUGGAGAGAAAAGCCACAGAGCCAUCUCAGGGCCUGCCCCGGGCCAUGUCCUCAAGAGACGGCCUCCUGCAGGAUGAGGAAGAGGAGGAAGAGGAGGCAGCUGAGAGCGAGGAGGAGGACAACCUGUCUUCAGUGCUGCACCAGCGGGCCAAGAUCCCAUGGCGAGCCUGCACCAAGUAUUUGUCAUCCGCCGGCAUCUUGCUCCUGUCACUGCUCGUCUUCUCCCAGCUGCUCAAGCACAUGGUCUUGGUGGCCAUUGACUACUGGCUGGCCAAGUGGACUGACAGCGCCCUGACCCCGAGCCCCGCGGCCAGGAACUGCUCACUCAGCCAGGAGUGCACCCUUGACCAGACUGUCUAUGCCAUGGUAUUCACGGUGCUCUGCAGCCUGGGCAUCGUGUUGUGCCUUGUCACGUCCGUCACGGUAGAGUGGACGGGGCUGAAGGUGGCCAAAAGGUUGCACCGCGGCCUGCUGAACCGGAUCAUCCUGGCUCCCAUGAGGUUUUUUGAGACCACGCCCCUUGGAAGCAUCCUGAAUAGAUUUUCAGCUGACUGUAACACCAUCGACCAGCACAUCCCAUCCACGCUGGAGUGCUUGAGCCGCUCCACCCUGCUCUGCGUCUCAGCCCUGGCUGUCAUCUCCUAUGUCACGCCUGUGUUCCUCGUGGCCCUCUUUCCCCUGGCCGUGGUCUGCUACUUCAUCCAGAAGUACUUCCGGGUGGCAUCCAGGGACCUGCAGCAGCUGGAUGACACCACCCAGCUCCCCCUGCUCUCCCACUUUGCUGAAACUGUGGAAGGUCUCACCACCAUCCGGGCCUUCAGGUAUGAGGCUAGGUUCCAGCAGAAGCUCCUCGAAUACACAGACUCCAACAACAUUGCCUCCCUCUUCCUCACGGCUGCCAACAGAUGGCUAGAAGUCCGCAUGGAGUACAUCGGUGCCUGUGUGGUCCUCAUCGCGGCCGUGACCUCCAUCUCCAACUCCCUGCACAGGGAGCUCUCUGCUGGCCUGGUGGGCCUGGGCCUUACCUAUGCCCUAAUGGUCUCCAACUACCUCAACUGGAUGGUGAGGAACCUGGCGGACAUGGAGAUCCAGCUGGGGGCUGUGAAGCGCAUCCAUGGGCUCCUGAAAACCGAAGCGGAGAGCUACGAGGGGCUGCUGGCACCCUCGCUCAUCCCGAAGAACUGGCCAGACCAAGGGAAGAUCCAGAUCCAGAACCUAAGUGUGCGCUAUGACAGCUCUCUGAAGCCAGUGCUGAAGCAUGUCAACGCUCUCAUCUCCCCAGGACAGAAGAUUGGGAUCUGUGGCCGCACAGGCAGUGGGAAGUCCUCCUUCUCGCUCGCCUUCUUCCGCAUGGUGGACAUGUUCGAAGGGCACAUCAUCAUUGACGGCAUUGACAUCGCCAAACUGCCCCUGCACACCCUGCGCUCACGCCUCUCCAUCAUCCUGCAGGACCCCGUCCUCUUCAGCGGCACCAUCCGAUUUAACCUGGACCCGGAGAAGAAGUGCUCGGACAGCACGCUGUGGGAGGCGCUGGAGAUCGCCCAGCUGAAGCUGGUGGUGAAGGCGCUGCCGGGCGGCCUGGAUGCCAUCAUCACGGAAGGCGGGGAGAAUUUCAGUCAGGGCCAGAGGCAACUGUUCUGUCUGGCUCGGGCCUUCGUGAGGAAGACCAGCAUCUUCAUCAUGGACGAAGCCACGGCCUCCAUCGACAUGGCCACGGAAAACAUCCUCCAGAAGGUGGUGAUGACAGCCUUCGCAGACCGCACCGUGGUCACCAUCGCGGUAAGGGGCCCCUUGCUGGGGUGCGGGGCAACACCCAGAGAGAGGACAGCCAGCAGACUUACCCGGGCCUGGUAAACAGGAGAGGCCCCUGGAGCAAUGAUGCAGAGUCUGGAGGGCUUGCAGGGAACCUGGACCGCAGGACAUGGGGUGUGGGCGGACUUACACCUGCUCUUCCCUCAGAUCCCUCUCUCUUUCUCCAGGUUCCAAGGCCCACCCCUGUCCUAAGGCCCCCGGGAGCUAGGCUAGGAUACCUUCUCUAUAG